GGGGGGUAAAACGGCAGGAGUGAGGUGGGAAGGGGGAAUGGUUGAAAGUGAGGAAGACUGGGGACUGGUAAACGGGAUAGGCACAGUCAGACAGUCAGGCAAGCCCCCGGCAUAAGGUAAGGUAUCUGGGCAAAGGCUGCAAAGAGAGGCAACACUGCACGGCAAAACCCAGCACCAAACCCAAGAACCACUAGAUCCGCUCGGCUUACCCGACUUAGAGACUUAAGCCAACCAGCCAGUCCAAAAGGCUCAACUGGGCUAAGCCUAGCCGACCCACCUACCUCGCGGUCACUACACUACCUGCCCUGACUACCCCAUCAACCCGCUCUUUAAAAAAGCAUUGUGUUUUUUUUUUUUGCUUUUAUUUUUCAUCAGCCAAUCCACCACCGAAGUAUCACGAGUUUUUGUUUACCACGUGUCUUCCAAUCAUCAAUCCAGACCAGUUGCCAAACAACGCUCAACCAAACGUGUGACUAUCAUUGACAAUCAGAGGUUUGUCUGUUGGUGAUGGUGUGGCUGGCUCGAGACAGUGUGCGUCGACUCGGGUAAUGACGGUGACUGGUUCAAACCAAAGUGGUCACAGUCAAGGUGAUAGAGGUGCUGAGUGUGUGAAACGCGUGUGACUUGGCCUGGACUUAAUCCACAUUAAACCUGGCUCGAGUACAUGAGAGUUACGUAAUUGUUGGUGGUGGAGUCGGGUGAAUUUUAUCGGGGUUUAUUAUCAGUUGGAGUCUGAGACUCUGUGAGAGAAGCCAAUCGUUAUGAGUUAGUUGUUGUUGUUGUUGUUCAUCGCGAAUACCGGUUGUGAAUUUGGUUUUGUGCUGCUAGUGGUGUGUACGGGCGAUUGUUCGUGGUGAUCACGGGAUAUUUGGAUAUAUUGCUGGUGAACUUAUGACACCUUAGAGAAGUGCCAUAUCUGAUAAGGUGUUGGGUGAGGACAGUGAGGUUGACCUGAGGUGUAGGCAACAAUCAGCACGACGUUAACCUUCUACAGUAUGGAGCGCGGCGGGGGCGGGGGGAGCCUCGAACUCGCCGGCGGUGGAGGUGGCGGUGGUAAUUCUGACAUGUGUAUUCAGGAUCUCGUGACAGGUUCAGCUGCUGGUUUGUCUGUUCAGCAUUAUCAGCAUGCCGCUGCUGCAGCAUCAAUGGCUGGACUCCAUGGAGAUCAUCUGCAAAAUGCCAUGCAUCAUCAUGAUAUACACGGGAAUUCGCAUCAUGACACAUCGAUGCUCCAUAAUCCUAGUCACCAGUUGUCCCAUGAACCCUUGGAGAAGCUCAAGUUGUGGGCUGCAAAUGAUUUCCGAGACGACACAAACAGUCUUGCGCGUCUGGACUCUACGGGUCACAGUGCACAUACACCAGGUGGAAGUACUCCAAGUACUCCAGGGGCUACACCAACGACACCAUCAGGAUUCACCUCAGCACCUCCUCGGAAUCGAACAAACAGCAAUCAGAGGACAGACAUUCGAAAAGGGGUUCGAUCGCCGACGGAAGUGAAACAGGAAAUUCGAACGGACAUUGUCUCGCCAACGGGGACUGUUGGAAUCGCCGAUGCGAAUGAUAAAGAUGGUGGCAAGAACAAACGUCAAAGACGGCAAAGAACUCAUUUUACCUCCCAACAAUUGCAAGAACUCGAGUCCACCUUCACCAGGAAUCGAUAUCCCGAUAUGGCGACUAGAGAGGAAAUCGCCAUGUGGACGAACCUCUCGGAGGCGCGUGUCAGGGUUUGGUUCAAGAAUCGUCGAGCAAAAUGGAGAAAGCGCGAGAGAAAUGCAGCGAAUGCAGCGGCCGCAGCAGCUGCGGAUUUUAAAGCGGGUUUUGGUGCAGCGGGUCUUAACAGUUUCAUUGGUCGUGCAGACGUUGAUGCCAUGUACAGCCCUUACAGUUCCUACAACAAUUGGGCGGCCAAGGUGCCAUCACCCUUGAAUAGCAAGCCAUUCAAUUGGGCACAUCUCAGUACAGUUGUUCCCACAGCAUCGCAUCACCAUCACCAUCAGCUGGCCGGUGCCCAGGUAGCACCAGUUAACUGUUUCAAUGCAUCGACAUCAGUUUCCAGUCACGUGAGUGGUAUGUCGAUGUCAGUGGGUCAGGCAGCCACAUCAAUGCUACCUGGCAUGGGUUCAGGUCUUGGUGUCGCUGGUUCACCAGUAGCAGCGUCGAGUGCAGCGUGUCCUUAUGCUGCACCAACACCACCACAUCCUUAUGGGCCACCAGUGUACUCUCAUCAUCGUGCUGCUGGUCCUGCUGAGCCUUGCUCGGUGAUGAACAGCAGUCUAGCAACACUGCGUUUAAAGGCUAAACAACACACGAGUGAGUAUGGUUCUGCGAGUUCAUUCAGCACUGGUGGUACAACAGCAACUGGUGGUGGUAGCAUAAGUCCAGUUAGUUCAAGAGCAUCGUCUGGUGGUGGUUUGAGUGCCUGUCAGUAUGCAUUAUCGAGCAGUACAAAUCCACAUUCACCUGGAUCUGAGCACAAUCAAACGGCGAGGGCUCAAGUUUGAGGAGAGCCGGGGGCUGCUUCCAGCCCCCAUCACUCUGUUAAUAACAAUACCACCACUGGAGGUUCCAUAAAUCAGGUAACGUCCAGCCAAAGUAACUGCAAUUCUCAGGCUAAUGAGGGAGUUAAUCAGAUGAGAACGAGCGAGUGACCCAGGCCAAGAUCCGCUGCAUCGCCUAUGCUAUCGUCAACACCAUCAUCCACAACAUCACAGCCACACUAUCUCAUGUAUGAUGAGGACAAUAAUGCGGCGGAUCACAAGGCUAAUGAGGAGACGAGAAUGAUUGGGGGGAGUAGUGGCAAUGGCAAUGAUUCCACCGGUAUUGGAAUGGGGGUUGGCAUUGGAAUGGGGACCAGCGCUCCUGGCACUGGGGGUAGAAUUCCAGGGUAUUGGCAACAUGCGGCUACUUCAGCCGCUGGAUACUGGUCCUCUCUAUUUGAUUCCUGGACGACAAAUCCCAUUGCCACAGGCUCACAGUCACUCUCCCUCAGUUGGGAUGAAAAUCGGGGCUGAACACCGAAUUAAAUCCUUAAGUAAAUGAGAAACGAGUUUUCGCGAGUGUCUGGAUAUUUUCUGAAUGAUGAUGAAUGCAGAUGAUCGGAUCAUCAUGUAGACUGUUUAUUCGAAUCAAUUGAAUAUUAUUUAGAUCCGUUUUUAAUUGCGCGUGACGAUUUGGAGAUUUAUUUAUUGAAUGGAAUUUAUUGAGAUUGAAGUUCUUCAUUGAUUGUAAGAUACUGAUACUAUAAUUUGUGACCAAAGCUCUGUGCAAUAAAAUAAAAAAUUUUUUUUUCAAAACUCCUCGGUACGAGAAUGAAUGCGCGUGGUACACCGACGACUCCUGUAGAUAUUUGUAUAGUAGAAAAAUUAAAAUGACUAUGAGAAUUGUAAGGUAAAUCAACUCAAAGAUAAAUCAACUGUAAUAUUCUAAUGUCUAUAAUAGAAGGUGAAUUAUUCAGCGGAAUACCAAAUAAAGAAACAUUAUUUGUAGGUAAAAUGAAAAUAUGAUUGAGAGUCUGAGCCAAUGAGUGAAACGGUACGAAAAUUUGUGUAUCCGUUUCAGUCUGCCAUGUACAGUGUAUGAGCAAGAUUAUAUCAACCUAGAUUAUACGUUAUAAAUAUUAUUAACGAACUGUAGAGUUGAAUAAUAUUCAAUAAAUUUAACUACGGAAUGAAUGGUAUUUCGUGAUACCUCAGGACUUCACGAUUAAAAAUAUCAAACAAAACAAAUAUAUGAAUAAUAAAAGAAUUAACGUGAACUCUCGAGGAA